UUGACAGUUGCUGUAGGCGAUAACCUCUAGGGUAGAGGAGCUAAACCCCCUCCUUCUCUGCUCGGAUGCAUCUGCUAAAUACCAAACCACCUCUGACAUCAAACAAGGAUCAACCCACCAAACAGCCUCUUACCUCUUAUCUUCCUGCUGUGACACAGAAACACUUCUGCUUGUCUUUUACAUAAAGCAACACUUGCUAACAUAAUCUGAAGCUAAUGUGAUUUUAAUUAGCUUUUUUUAUCUGUUGUGAUCCAGCGAAGGGAGUCAGAGAUGCUGGGUGAUCAUGAACACCAAAAAAAGACCACGUUGGAAAUAUAAUAGUUAUGAUGCAAAAAAAAAAAAAAAGGAAGCCACACCCCUCCUCACACAGGAAGCCCUGUAUGUGCUAAAAUCCCCAUUUCAUAGUGGGGGCAGAUAGAGACAGGCAGCCGAUGCAUGGCCACAAUGUGAUGAGAAGAAGACAGGAUAUCAUCUUUUAAAUAUAAGAUAAAGUGUUAGAAACAGCAGGCAAAGUUAUUAUGCUGGAGGAAUAAUUGAGAAGAGAGAGUGCCGCCUGAAGCUUCAUCCUUCUGCUUUUUGAGGCUUAGACAACGUGAAGUUUCAACAAAGAGAAUACCCUCUUCUAACCAGAGGACCUGCAAACUAUCAGCGUUGGAAUAAAGACAAUCCUGAAGACACCAUUCAUCUCUACAUGCUGCUGUGAUGUUUGGGAAUAUGACUCACCACAUGGACUCCUUUAUUUAAUUAACAGCAUGGGUUCCCGAACUGAACUUUCAGCAGUGCAAAGACAGCGUUUCUGAAAGAAGGAAACGCAGCUAAUUUUCCUAAGAUGAACAUCAGCAACUGUUCUGAUGAAGAAGGGCUGAAGCAAUACCAGCACAAUGUGUACGCCAUUGUGUAUGGUGUGAUUUUAGCACCUGGCCUGCUGGGUAACGUUCUGGCACUGUGGGUGUUUAGGAUCUACAUACGGGAAACCAAGAGGGCUGUGGUGUUCAUGAUGAACCUGGCUAUAGCCGAUCUACUUCAGGUGCUGUCCCUGCCUCUGCGGAUCUACUACUAUCUGAAUGACUCCUGGCCCUUUGGCUAUCCUCUCUGCAUGAUCUGCUUCUAUCUCAAGUAUGUCAAUAUGUAUGCCUCCAUCUACUUCCUAGUGUGGAUCAGUGUGCGCCGCUGCCAGCUCAUCGUGGACCCACUGAAGUACAACUCAUCAAAGCAAAAAGGAGACCUGUUGAAAUGUAUUGUUGGUUGGGUAACCAUCUGCUUAGCCUGCCUGGCUUUCCCUGUGCUCAGAGACUAUAAACCAGACAAACCCAAUGAUAAGUGUUUCUCAGAGUUGCCCAUGAGACCCAUUGGUUAUGAACUAGUCUGCAUCCUGUUGAUAUUAGCAGAGCUGCUGGGGUUCAUCAUCCCCCUUAUUGUGGUUUUGGCUUGUGCCGUUUUGACAGCCUUGAGCCUCCGGAAGACGACAGCAGAAUGUGUUCCAGACUGUGGAGAAAAACGGAGGGCCUUGAAGAUGGUUCUGUGCUGUGCGGUAGUCUUUCUGCUGUGCUUUGCACCUUACCACAUCACUAUGCCGCUGGACUUCCUGGUAAAAGCAAACAUUUUCAAAGACUGCUCCCUCAGAAAUCAGAUUCAGAGGUCUCAUAUAAUAACACUCUGCCUGGCCAGCCUGAACUGCAGCCUGGACCCACUCAUGUACUACUUUACAAGUGAUGAGUUCAGGAGGCGCCUAAGCAGGCCGGAGAUGCCGGACACCUUAACUUUUAACAGGCGUCUUUCCUGCUUAACUGGAGGAGAGGAUGCAGAAGAUGAGUAGACUGCUCCUGCUGGCCCUGAGGAGGCAUUAACCUGCCAAACACAUUCUGUGAAUUCCACUGAUGAAAAUGUGAAUUUUAAAUAAACGGGAAAAACUAUAUGAACUAGAUGUGAAACUAUUGCCCUAUUUAUAUGAAAUAAAAAUGUGUUUUACUUUU